AAACCACUUCCAGACUUCCGGAACCACCCUUUCAAGGCAGCCCCUCCAAUUAAACAUCAAUUGAAGCGGGGUCUGGUGCUUCACUGGACAUCUCCCAGUCAGGCGCCUUGUAUGACGAUUGCAUGACCUUUGCAUGACCUGGUGCCUUCUCGGAUCAAGUUUAGGGCACCAAUCUGCGGAAAAAACGCGUAGAUUUGGGCCAUCCAGAUGGAGUCAAAAAUUGGGCAUCUACCAAGUCCGCUGAGACCAGAGUCCGAUUUCGACCUCUGCAUGCUGGAGGCCUCCAUGCAGCUCGAGGAGAUCUCAGGCGAUGACGAGCCGCUCGACACGGGGUUCGACGAUCCUUCGGACGACGCGGAGCUGACGGAGCUGACGGACGAGGAGGUGGACCAAACACGUUUGCCGAGUCGCUGGGACCGACCGUGGUUGGGCGGUCUGCCAAACGACGCGGAGAGCGCGGCCGCCGCGAGGAGAGGACGGACCGGCUAUGCUUCGUACUUCUCCUGGGGUGUGCCACUGGAUGGCAACGAAGUGGCCCCACCGAACCGCAUCUUGCACGAGCAUCAUCUCCACCUGCUCGACGCUUCUUUGCAAGGGAUCCGCCACAACAAGGGUCACUUCAAGAAGUGCAUUUACAACAGCCGAGGUGAAGAGACGCCCUCCGAAGCCUCCGAAUGGCUCUCCUGGGCGACCCAGCUGCGCAAUCGGAUGCUUCGCUCGAGGACGCCGAACCCCAGCCCCGUCGAAGACACCGGGCGCUGAACGCGAGCGGAGCCACGGCGUAGCCGGAGCUGGCGGGUCGAGGCUUUCGGACGCAGCCACAGGGUUGGUGGCUUUCGAGCUGCGGCAGCACGAAGAAGAGCAAGA